GACGUGGGGACGUGCACCCCCUCGCGGCGCAUGGAGCCUCGGCGUCCUCUCCGCGUUGCCCGGCAACAGCCGGAGCGCUCUGAUUGGCCGAGGCCACCACGGGCGGCCAAUGGGGGCGGCGGUUGUUGCAGCGCACGGGGGUGGGGCCGGAAGCGCGCGGGGUGCGAGGAGCGGCGGGAAGAUGUCGAGGAGGAGGGCGGUCGGAGAUCCGGAGUACUUAACCAGGCGCAUCCCUCAGAAUCCCAGAUACCAACAUAUCAAAACUCGCCUUGAUACCGGAAGCAGUUUGUCAAAAUACAUGGAAAAGCUGGAAGAGAUCAAAAGAAAUUAUAGAUACAAAAAGGAUGAGCUGUUUAAAAGACUGAAAGUGACUACUUUGGCCCAGUUGGUCAUCCAGGUUGCCUCUCUAUCUGAUGAAACCUUAGAAGUGACAAAUGAGGAGAUUCACAAGCUGGAAGAUGGUGAGUCUGCCGCUCCAGAUGCCGACGCUGAACUCCCAGCAGGGACAAAUGGGAAAGGGAGCCCCGAUGGGACACCAAGUCCAGUCCUGUUCAUAAAUGACACGGGAGCAGGGGAAUCCUAUCGGUCCACGCUGCAGAGUGUGAUAAGUGGUGUUGGUGAAAUGGAUAUAGAAAAGGACACUCCAAAGAAAGUGGAUGCUCAGACUAAAGAAAUGCCUUAUCCUGACUGCCCCUUCCUGCUAUUGGACGUGCGAGACCGAGAUGCGUAUGACCAAUGUCACAUUGUUGGAGCUUAUUCUUACCCUAUCGCAAUGCUGUCUAGGACCAUGAACCCCUACACUAAUAGUAUUCUGGAAUACAAAAAUGCCCAUGGGAAAAUUAUCAUUGUGUAUGACAACGAUGAAAGGUUAGCCAGCCAAGCUGCGACCACCAUGUGUGAGAGGGGCUUUGAGAACUUGUUCAUGUUAUCUGGAGGCCUGAAGGUCCUUGCACAGAAGUUUCCAGAAGGUCUGGUCACCGGCUCAAUCCCCGUGUCCUGCCAAGUGGCAGCUCCCGCUGGAGCUGCUCGAAGAAAGAUCUCUCCCAAAGUGCCACCUGCACGUGCUGAGAAUAAAUGGAGGUAUUCUGCAGAUGAUCUACAGAAGAUUAAGUACUACCUGGAAGAGGAGAACAUUUCUUCAGAUGCUGCCAGUUCUUUUAGCCGUGCUUCUUCAGGCCGUGAUUCCAAGGUGUCAACCGUCAGGAGCAGCUCCAGUCUCCCCAGCACUGCUGGCAGUGCGGGAUCCAUCACCGCCCGCUCGCUCAGCCGGAGCACCCUCCAGAACAGGCCAUGGAAAUAAGUCAGUGAUGUCUUCUUCCAGUGAAUAAAUGAAUGCCCAGGUUCUGGGAAGCCCGAGCAGUGCAGCCCAUUUGUCGUUUUAGGAAUCGGCAGAGAAAAGCAGCGACCGUUUAUAAACGGCAGCUCGGGUAAGGCCAGAGGAGCCGGUAACAGUUGAUGUUUCAUUGAAGCAGGAACAGUAUCGCUUUGGUAAGGCUUGAGUUGUUAAAUCUGAUUUUAUAGGGGAGGGAGGAAACUGGUAGUAAAGCCCAUGACCAGUAGAAACAGUUGAAGCUUGUAGUUCAGACGAUUCUAUUUGUGUCUGUAACAAAUAAUCUCUCUGUGCUGUGCCCGGAAUCGCAGACUGUGCGAACAUCAGAACACGUGAGGGUGAAUGGGCCAGAGACCAUCUGUGAGCAAAGACUUUGGUGUUUUGUAGCAGACACACAGACAUUGAGCAGCUUGCCAAAACGUUGGAGAGAGGAUUCCCAGAUUUUGAGGUGUGUUUUAAAUUUUGUUAAAGAACAGAAGUAUUUGUAAUAAAGAUGUUUCUGGAAAUAAUAUACCCAGUGUGGCACUGUAACCUGACAGCCGUGUUUGCUCAUGGACAGUUUGUGAAGCAGUUCUGUAUUUUACCCUGUGCAGCGUUCCAGGCUUGGGGAAGAGUGGCUGGAAAGCUGCCUGGAGGAGAAGGACCUGGGGGUGCUGGUUGACAGUGGCUGAAUAUAAGCCAGUGGUGGCCCAGAUAGCCAAGAAGGCCAAUUGCUUCUUGUCUUGGAUCAGAAACAGCGUGGCCAGUAAGACCAGGGAAGCGAUUGUGCCCAUGAACUCGGCAUUGGUGAGGGCACACCUUGAAUCCUGUGUUCAAUUUUGGGCCCCUCACUCCCAGAAGAGUGUUAAAGGGCUGGAGCGUGUCCCGAGAAGGGAAACGGAGCUGGUGAAGAGGUUGGAGAACAAGCAUUAUGAGAGGCUGCUGCGGGGAGACCUUAUCACUGUCUAUAACUCCCUGAAAGGAGGUUGCAGUGAGGUGGGUGUUGGUCUUUUCUCCUGAGUGACAAGUGAUAGGACGAGAGGAAAUUGCCUCAAGUUGCACAUAGGGGAGCUUUACGUUGGACUUCAGGAAAGAUUUCUUCACUGCAAGGGUUCUCUGGCCCUGGCUGUCCAGGGAUGUGGUGGACUCCCCAUCUCUGGAGGAUUUUAAAGGAUGGGGAGAUGAGCUGCUCAGGGAUCUGGUUUAGUAGUGGACAAGUACGGUUGAACUCUAUGAUUUCAAAGGUCUUUUCCAACCAAGCAAUUCUAUGGAUCUAUAAUUUUUAGAAGUGAGCUGGAGGAGAAAAUAACUGUGUUUUUCCUCUCUUCUCCCUUAUUGUCUAAAAGACUUGGCUUCUUACUGUGCAUUGUUCCUUGCCGUGGUCACAGAGAGCUCCUAUUUGGUGUUUUGUUUAAAAAGAGAGUAAGGCUGCCAGAUGUGCUAAACAGGGGUUUUGCUGUCAUGUCGUAGGGCAAAAUCUUUUGCCGUGCCGCUCUGCUGGGUGUGCAGUCCAAGCAUCCCCUUGGAUUGACUGUGGACCGCUGGUUUGGUCCUGUUCUGACUUGCCAGAGCAGGUUGCUGGUCACUGGAGCUGCAGAAAACGAUGUAUGUGGAGGAACCAGUUGCUUUCCUGCUGACAAGGCUGACUUCCCUAACCUCUUACAGCCUGCUGUGAGUCAAGUUUAGAAGGCAGAACAUUAUUUUGCUUUGUAAAAUGCUUUCGUGAUAGUCAGAGGCAAACUGUGUUCUUUUAGUGAAGCAGCAAAAAGCUCUGCAGUUCCAGUGCCUGGCAGAGGCUGGAAAUUUAUUCCCAGUUGUGGCCUUGCUGGUGUUCCUGGAGUAGCUUCUUCACAGUUAGGGUGGCUGAAGGGAAAUCGUCUGCUUUCUUACCAGGGUCCCUAAAUGUAGCAGGGAACAUGAGUCCAUUGGAACCACUCCAGAAGAGGCCACAGAGAUGAUCCGAGGGCUGGAGCGCUUCUACUGUUAGAGCAGGCUGAGAGAGUUGGGGUUCAGCAUGGAGCAGAGAAGGCUCCAAGGAGACCUUAGAGCAGCUUCUAGUACCUGAAGGGGCUCCAGGAAAGCUGGGGAGGGCCUUUUUCCGAGGGCCUGGAGUGAUAGGACAAGGGGAAAUGGCUUUAAAUUGGAAGGGUAAAGAUUUGGAUUAGACAUUAGGAAGAAAUUCUUUAUGAUGAGGGUGAUGAGUCCCUGGCCCAGGACUUUACUUACAGAGUGGCAAGGCUUUUAGGUGGCCUAAUAAAAUAAAGAAAGGCUAAAUAGAACUUUCAAAGGAGUUUGAUGUAGAAGCAUCACAGAAAUGCCACAUUUAGCUUUGAACACGUAACGUGGCUCAAGCAGCUGCGUAGAUCUUGAUGUCCCAAGUCCCCUGCUCCUUCUUGUAGAGAUGUAGAGCUUUUAUCUCGUGCUAUCACGAGAUAAAAACAUGGACCAAAGUGGCAUCUUCUGCAUAAUUCAUUUGGCAGCUUGCCUAGGCUGGUUGACUGAGAAAUGAUGCUACCUGAUGGCUUCAGCUGAACGUACACUGAGAUGAGCACCAAGAGAGCCUUUUAAUUAUGUUCUUUGAAAGACAGCGACCAGUACAGCACUCAGGGUCCCAUCACUGUGCAAGUAGGAGAUCUUUCAGGUCUGUUAGCACUUGGAAUUGUGUGAAAUUUCUAAAAACAGAGAUGAGGGUGGUGGUUGUUGUGUUGGCUUAAAGUCCUGAUUUUGCUGUCCGUCCGUGGGAGAUGGAUCCAAAAUCCCUGGCUGCUCUGGGCUGCAUGAAAAGCUUCUUCUGAAACGGAUGGACAAAACCUAGUCUGAGCUGUUUGAGAUCCUCCAAAUCCGGGGCAUCAAAGGAAGAACUGAUUGUCCUCUCCCAUCAUCUUGGUGGAUUUGUAUUGUUUUGGACUCUUGGUAUUGUUUGGAGGAUAAAGCUGAACUUUAUAUAGUCUGGGAGUUUUAAUUGUUUAAUA